CUUCUUAAAGUUCUUUAAUCGAUUAUGUUUUAAAAAUUAAUGUAAAAGCUGUACUUAGGUCAUUGUUGAACGUAAAGUUUCAAUAGUUUGUGAAUUCUAAAUUUAAAAAUAAACAAAACCUAGUGUUGCCAGAUAUCUACUUAAUUAAUUAUUAAAAUUAAAAAGUGACGUGCGAAGCUAGUAUUUUUUUAGUUUUAAAAAGUAUGGUGGAAUUUUGUGUUUUUUAGAAAUUCGAGGACUAAAUCAAUUUUCGUUCGAACCGUUCUUUUUAGAAGUGUACUAUUGUUCUUUCGUUUAAAAAUGUUGAAAGAAAAUGUAGUGGCAUUGUCUCUGAAAUAUUUUAAAGAUUUGGGAGAUAAGCAAGCAGACGGCAACGGUGCGAUGGCGGAGGUGGGAGUGUCACAGGCAACGCUGGUGGAGCCGAGAGAGGACACAGGGAGGAAGCUGCCGCAGUACAUUGCAGCUUUAUCAGCUACCCUCGGAGCGUUGGCAGCAGGCGCCAUGUUGGGAUGGUCUUCGCCCGUCAUCUUCAAAAUAACUCAUAACGAAACCAACGAAUACGAUUUCGAUGUCUCAUCAGGCCAGGGCGACUGGGUUUCGUCCCUCAUCAAUUUGGGAGCGGCCGCAGUUUGCUUCCCUAUAGGCCUCAUCAUGGAUGCCAUUGGACGGAAGAAAACCAUGCUUUUGCUCGUCUUACCGUUCACUUUAGGCUGGUUACUUAUCACUUUCGCCACAAGUGUUGGAAUGCUGAUGGCCGGACGGUUCAUUACUGGCGUAGCCGGCGGUGCUUUUUGCGUCACUGCCCCAGCGUACAACAGUGAAAUCGCUCAAGACUCUAUACGAGGAACAUUGGGGAGUUUCUUCCAAUUGAUGAUAACCGUCGGUAUACUUUUCGCAUACGCUGUAGGUAGUUAUACAUCCGUUUUCGUUUUCAACAUUCUGUGUACGCUGAUCCCAAUUAUAUUUGGCUUGGUCUUCUUCUUUAUGCCCGAAAGUCCUAGCUUUUUAGUAGUGAAGGGUAGAUCCGAUGAAGCGAAGGACGCUUUGAUCAGAUUACGCGGAAGGACCUACGAUGUGGACAGCGAAUUGCAGACUCUCCAAAUGAAAGCUGAUUUAGCAAAAAGUCAACCGGUAUCUUUUGUGUCGGCGAUUACUAAGAAGACAGCUUUGAAGGCUCUCUUGAUUUGCUACGCUUUGAUGUUGUUCCAACAGCUGUCUGGUAUCAACGCGGUGAUUUUCAACACAUCUUCGAUUUUCGACAGCGCAGGCGCCACUAUACCGGCUGCUGUUGCCACCAUUAUAAUUGGAGUCAUUCAAGUCAUCGCAACUUUAACAUCAAGUUUGGUAGUCGAUAGAUUGGGUAGAAGAGUUCUUUUACUAUUCUCAGCCCUCGUCAUGUGCUUGUGUUCCACCGCUUUGGGAGUUUUCUUCUUCUUGCAGGAUACCCAUGGAAAAGAUUCCUCCAUAGUGGAAGCUAUAUCGUGGCUGCCUUUGCUCUCUCUGUCUCUAUUUAUUGUUGCGUUUUCCCUCGGUUUCGGACCUAUCCCUUGGAUGAUGGCAGGAGAGUUGUGUUUAAUUGACAUCAAAGCUUUCGUUGGUUCCACGGCUGGCACUUUUAAUUGGUUGCUCAGCUUCACUGUUACGAGUACGUUCAAUUUUUUGAAUACCCUCAUAGGUUCCGGUCAAGUGUUCUGGAUAUUCGCAGGAAUAAUGUUGGUUGGUUUCGUGUUUAUAUUCUUCGUCGUGCCUGAGACAAAAGGCAAGAGCGUUGACGAAAUUCAGCUCAUGUUGGGCGCGGAACCACAGGCAGUAACAAAUACAAGUGAAAAGAUGUAAAUUUUGGAGACUGAUGGAGUAUUUUUUUUAAUAAAGACUUUUAAUGUCUUAUCAAAUAGCUAGAUGAAUUGAUUUCGCUGCAGAAUGGAUACCAGACAGAUGGUUAUGUCUAGCACAAUGGUGUUCUCUAUCUUAAAAACUGCCUUUAAUGAAACGUGUGUUCAAAUAUUCAACUUGUCCAUUUAGAAUAUUUUUUCUGCGACAAUUAUUUGAAAUCCAUAAAAAUAAUGUCAAUUAAAACAAAAUCGAUAGCAUUUUUUUUUAGUAAUUUAUAGGUCAUUCUGCAGCGAAAUCUGGCGGGUAGAUUCGUCUAUAGUUGGUUCUAUCGAGUUAUCUUUGGUGUCACAGCAUGCUUAGCGAACACAUUGUUACUGUUCCUUUACCAAAGAUUUUAUCGUCUGGAUUUGUUGAUUUGUCGACGUUUUAGUGCUAAUUUAUUUAGAAAAUUGUGUAAUGGCACUUGGUAUGAGCCACGGCGUUGAAAUCACUAAUAUUGCAUAGUUUAGAGGAGAGGAAUGUUGUUCCUAUUUUUAGAAAAACUUUCUGGUUAGAAAGGACUAUGUUGGCCAGACCUUCAACGUUUUCUAUAAGCUGAAAGGUUAUUCUCAGACCAUGCUCAUAUGGACUUUUUGGAACCUUUGGCUUUUGGAAAUUUAAGGUAAUAAGAAAAGGACUUUAAUAAAAAAAGCAGCUAGAUGUCAUCUUUUUAUUUUUCGUAUUACAUACAAGGCUAACGAGACAAAAUCAUGAUAAAAAAAUAUGACAGUAGCUUUCGUAAACGCGUCAAGGUGAUUUAAAACCAAACUAUCUAUCAACUGAUAUAAAUAGGUACCUAUAGAAAAAGAUGACACUAUUUUUAGAUUUUGUUCUUUUUGUAUAUUGGAUUUAAUCUGGCAUGCAAGAAAUGUAAAAACAUGAUCAUGUAUUAAAUAUAUUCUACUUCUUCACCUAAUCUACUGGCCCAAUUAUACAAUUCAACCAGAAGCUCAUGGCAGCUAAUUUUAUUUAUUUUUUAAAAGUAUGACAUGUCCAAUCUAAGAAAAUGAAAUAAUGAUAUUGCUAUAAUAUAAGUCUUGUAGUUUGUUCAUAAUAAUUUAUCUAAUAAAUAGUUAUUUUAUGUGAUUGUUAUAAAUAUUUUAUUUAUCUAGACAAAUAUACUUGGGUGUACAAAGUCCAGAUAAUAUAUUGCCAUAUUUAUUGAACAUGUAUAGUUAAAAUAAGGCUGUUGUUAGUUGUGAGUGUUUUAUAAUAAAUAAGUGUUCCAAGUAAAUGUUAAUUUAAUUUGUAGCAACAAAAACCAGUUUUUAAUUAUGUAGGUAGUAAUAUUUUAAUUAUUUACUUUUAUGCAUUUAUUACAAAAAUAUGUUCAAUAUGUUUUUUGAAUAUAAAAACGAAGGUCCAAGAAUACAGACAGUAAUAUGUCUAAGCAAAUGAAAUUUAUUUCAUAUUGGCAACACUGAAUCGUUCAGAAAUAACAAUCAUAUCACUUGCUUGUAGGUGAAUAAUUAAUAAUACACAGAUUUUAUUGAAAUAAAAGUAAAUAGUAAAAUUAAAUGCCUAUUCUUUUUAGUGUGCUAGUGUAGACAAUUUAUUUUUAUCUGGCAAAGUUGUAAUUUUUCACAUAAUAAUAAGAUUCACACAUUUUGUCAUUUUGUAGAGUUCAUUGUAUAAAUAAUAUUGUUAUUAGAAUAAGUUUUAAUAGUAUAAUAAAUGUAAUUUUUUAAUUUCAA